AGGCUUGCCUUGCUGUUUCUUUACGCUCUCGUUCGUAUUCGCUAAACUUGUAAACUUUCAUUAGCCAUGUCUGUCCAAACAUCAGAACAGAUUCUGCACGACCGAGUGAACUUGGCUCGGUUGGUUAGACGAUUAGAGAAAACUGUCGCGACCGAGAACUGGAACACUGACGUGGAUGCAACAAGUAACGCGACAUGGAUCAAAGCCCGGGGCACACUUCAAAAAGUGAAGUUUGCUCGAAAGCUGUUGAGACGAGCAGAGCUGUACGACACGCUUCCUUCAUCGCCGCAUGUUAGGUAUGGGGUUAUCAAGGACUCUCUUGACCGUCUGGAAGCCCGUGUAGGAGGCAUCAGUAUACGUGUCACUUAUAAACCUCUAAGACCGGAACCGAUUCUCCCCAAGAUACCUGUACCGGUGGAAAGACCCUCAGUACCCCCUCCUUCCGCUGCUCGCUCAAAGAAGGAUAUCGAACUCCCCCUCAUUCCUACCGACGCAGAUGCAUCCGUAUCAAUUUCGGCGGAGGAUUUACUUCUUUCACCCUCAGACACGGCUCCUCUGUCACUGGAUGACGACUCAUUAUUAUUCCCACCUUCUCCUGCACGGCCACCCAUUUCCCCAGCUGUGUCAAGCUCAACUCAAGGCGCCUCUGCUGGAGCAGCGGCUCCAGCUUUUUUGCAGAAUUCUACAGCUCUUCAGGAAGAGCUCUCUGCUCAACUCGCACACAUGGCUACUCAAUUAAAGAACAACACGCUGCAUUUCGCCUCUUCGCUUGAGAAGGACAAGUCUGUCUUGACCGAGGCCCAGGAGAAGCUAGAACGCAAUUAUGAUGUGAUGACGAAGGAAAGAGUGAGACUGAGGGACCAUCACUCGAAGAGUUGGGGUACUACAUGGAUUACGAUUCUGAGUAUCAUCGUCGCAAUUGUCGGCUUCAUGCUCACUUUCUUUGUCAUUCGAUUGACACGAUGAUUGGUCUCCUCCGAUAUUCUAGGUAUCUCGCUAUGCCAUGCGUUGUUGAUGCUUUGCGACGUUUUCCUUGUGGAAAGAGCGACUAUUUUGCUGCGGUCCAAUUCGUCGCUAUGUACACCAUUCACACUGAUAUACGUUAGGGAGCCACCCUCAUCAAUGAACUGACAACGUACCGUCCUUCUUAAAAUUGAAUAUUGCGCAAAGGUCUGCUAGGAAACGUUCAUCUAGACCUCUUUCGUCCCUGCUUCCAAUGUCCCUGGGUUAUUAUGAGUAGAAGCACGGAAAACCCGAACCGAAUUUGAUUCUCG